GCGCCGCAGCCCGCUCCUAAUAACAGAUUUCCUCAAGUGCAGGGUUACCUGGUUACCAGGCAGGGAUGAGCGACUCGGAGCGUGGGCCAGCUCCGGGAGAGGAAGAUGGCGGGGAGCUGGAGGAAGAAGGGGAGGAGGAGGAGGAGGAGGAGGAAGAAGUUGCUGUCGCUGAGGACGUGGGUGUUGAGUCUGCGCCGGGUGGACGGAAGGCCCGCGGUGGGCGGAAAGCCCGCGGUAGGCCGCGCCUCACGGAAUCUGACCGGGUACGACGACGGCUUGAAUCCCGCAAGAAAUACGAUGUGCGAAGGGUCUACUUAGGCGAGUCUCACGGCCCAUGGGUGGACCUGAGGCAGCGAAGUGGCUGGAGUGACGCCAAACUGGCGGCUUACUUGCUGGAACUGGAACGAGAGCAGCGGGCCGGGCGCCGCGGGAAGCCAUGGGAGCAGGUGCCUUAUGAGCCACAACGGAAGAAAAGAAGAAGGAGGAAUGUGAACUGCCUGAAGAACACAGUUAUCUGGUAUGAAGACCACAAGAACCGCUGCCCCUAUGAGCCCCACCUCUCAGAGCUGGACCCCACCUUUGGAAUGUACACCACAGCUGUGUGGCAGUGUGAAGCAGGACACCGCUAUUUCCAAGAUCUGCACUCCCCACUUAAGCCACUCAGUGACUCUGAGAAUGAAUGUGAUAACAUUGCCAAUGGCACAGGGGCUGGAAGCUCUGGGUCUUCAGAAGAAAGCUCCAGUUCAGAUGCAGAGGAGCAGCCAGAGGGCCAGAAGGUCAAGGCCCAGGUGCAGCAGCCCCCGACAAAUGUGGAAGGUGGAAGUGCAAGUGGGCUCAUCACUCAGGACGGCAUCCACAUUCCAUUUGAGCACCAUAUUGAGAACCUGUCAGCAGAGCAGGGUGUGAAUAUGUGCCACAAUCCAUCCCUCAAUGGCCCAGAGACAAUGGAAACUGUGGUAUGUGUGCCAGUACCCAUGCAGAUGAGUUCAAGCCAUGGGACUCUGUUUGAGAAUGUUGCCCAAGAGACACUUGGCGAAGUUGUGGCCAGCUGCCCUGUGCAGGGUGUAAUGCAAGGCUCGCAGGUGAUCAUCAUUGCUGGGCCCGGCUAUGAUGCCCUCACAGCUGAGGGGAUCCAGCUAAACGUCACCAGCACAGGAGGAGAAGAGCUGCCUUGUGCCAUGAUUGAGGGUGUGGCAGCUUAUACUCAGGCAGAGCCUGAGAAUGGACAGCCCAGUAGCAUGGAGGCCAUGGAGAGCUUGGAAUACAUCGAAACCAAAAAAGAAAACGAGGAGCUUUUUGAGCUCAAAAAAGAGGAGCCGCAGCCCCCAACAGAAAUAGAGACGCCCUGUGACCCAGAGCCAGCCCAUGAGAGUGGGGGGCUGGAGCCAGAGCCUGAACCUGAGGAAGAGACAGAUGGCAACAACAUGUCAUCCAUUAUCUAUGAAAUUCCAAAGGAACCUGAAAAGAGGAGGCGAAGCAAAAGAGGCCGUGUAAUGGAUGCAGAUGGCAUGUUAGAGAUGUUUCAUUGUCCCUAUGAAGGAUGCACCCAGGUCUAUGUAGCUCUUAGUAGUUACCAGAAUCAUGUUAACCUUGUUCAUCGAAAAGGAAAAACGAAGGUGUGCCCCCACCCUGGUUGUGGCAAGAAGUUCUACCUGUCCAACCAUCUACGGAGACAUAUGAUAAUUCACUCAGGGGUCCGUGAGUUUACCUGCGAAACGUGUGGAAAAUCCUUCAAGCGGAAGAACCAUCUGGAAGUCCAUCGCCGAACACACACAGGAGAGACACCUCUCCAGUGUGAGAUCUGUGGCUACCAGUGCCGGCAGCGGGCCUCUCUCAAUUGGCAUAUGAAGAAACAUACCUCAGAAGUCCAGUAUAACUUCACUUGUGAACACUGUGGCAAGCGCUUCGAGAAGCUGGACAGUGUCAAGUUCCACAAGCUAAAGAGCCAUCCAGAUCACAAGGCUGCCUGAUCCUGACCAUGGACCACUUUAUUUAUUAUCCCACCAAAAGUCCCAACCUAACCAAGGGCACUUCUUGCACAUUCACAGCUGGAGAUGUGGUGUGUUCUGCGUAUGGCAGGGCUCCAUCCUGUAACAUGGGGCACCUCCUUAAGAGCAGAUGGUGACAGGCAUAAAUGUUUUAGUUCUGAUGUGCUAGUGUCAGUGUUCUCAGGUAUUGUGGGGUGGAGGAGUAUUCAAACAGCAUCAAAUCACUCAUCCUGUAACUGGAGAUUGUGGUGCUUCAGCUGUUCUUUCUUUUCAAGGGGAAGGGGUGCUAUGAGCAUAGGAAGAAGAAUGUUAGCCAAUUAAAGUAUCUGUCCUUUGCUAUCUGCUGAGCGGCACCUUUGCUUGUGUGACCACUUUAUGCUUGGUGUGAGGCAGGAAUACAGCAGAAGGGAGCUGUCACUGACAGAUGAAGACUGCAGAGGCUGCUUCCAGUAUAAGAACCCCGGGUCACAUUCACAUGAUGAGAUUGACUCUCUUGAGAACAAUGCAAGAUGCAACACUUACAAAAAGGUGUCAAGGAAGGUUAUUUGCUGGUUUGCACCAGACAUUGUUCUUGGAAGCUGCCUCUUCCUCAGCUUUUAGUGCUAUUGAAAGACACAUCAGAAUUGGUCUGCAUGUAUCUUUUCCUGAAAUGUUAGUACCACAAAAAGCCCAAGUACAUGGUGGAUAAAAUCUUGCUCCAGAACUGUCAGAAGUGUUCUAGGCCUCUGUCGCUGAGCUUUGGGGCUUGUCAUGUUCAAAGCUGUGGCUUCUAUUGAAGUGCACCAGGAAUAUUAACUUUCAUUUAAAAAUAUUAAACCAAAUUUUAUUCAUACAAUGGCUAUCUGCAUACCUAUAGGAAGCCCACAGGUAGGGUAUAAGUGCAAUAACAUACUCUUACUUGGGUUUUGCAGUGACUGGCAAACAGAAACAUCCUCCUCUUGAUACUGGGGGCAAUAUACAACCAUCAAUCAUAUCCUCCAUGAAUGUGACUAAUCCCUUUUAACACCUCUGAGUUGAUGACUGUCACCCACUCUCUAUGGGAGCAAAUUCCAUAGUUAAACUUAAUUGCACUGUGUGAAAAGGUACUUCUUGUUGUCCAAUAUAUUCUGCCACUCACCUUCACUGGGUAACCAAUGAGAGUGCUAAUAUCCUGAAGGAAGGAGGAAAAAACUUUCCCUACUCACUGUCCUGCUCUGUUUUCUAAUUCUGUUUUAUAAUCCUUGUAACUGUGAAAAAUAUGAAAAGGCUGCUGUUGGGAAUUCUUUCAGAAUUGACAUUCUGGAAAUAGUCUCAAUUUGAUUGAUCAUCUGAGAAAUAUCUGCAGUAGAAUCAAUUUGUUUGCACAUUUCAGCAGGGAAAUGUGUGUGCUGGUGUCCAGCAACCAGAUGGGUUUUUGCUGUUCCACUGUGAGCAUAUGCUUUGAUUUCAUUGUGUGCAAGGGAGGGGAAUAGCUCUUCUGCUGCUAUUCUGGAAAAAAAACUUUUGCCUCUGCUAGUAGGUUAAAAAGUAAGGGUGCCUUCCUUUUGCCAGCAAGAGGGAGUUCUCUCUUUCCCAUGUAAAGCAUGCUCCUAUGAAGCUCUGGUUUUGAUAAGAGUCCAGUGGUUUCCAAGCUAGAUCUACAGGCAGCAUUCAGACAAAACCAUGCCUAUCUGUGCUCAAAUGCCAGUGUGUUGCAAGGGAUUAUGGGGCAUGUUCUAGGCGGUCCAGGCUAGCUGGAGCUGUUGGGCUUUAAUGUUGCUCUGUGUGAGCGCAGGACACCUGGACCAUGACUUACACUCCACUGCCCUUUCAUAUUGCAGGAAAAGAUAGGUAGGAAUGAGCAAAUGGAUCUUCAGAGACCCUUGUCUUUCAUUACUGAUCUUCUGAACAAGAAAAUGCAUUUCUGAAACACACUUGAAAAACAUGGCUCUGUUCUUUUUUGCCAACAUUCCUUUCAUGUGCCUCUUGCCUCCCCCCCACUAAAAGAGGACUAAUCAAGAUGCUGCUGUGAGUUUUAGUCCAAUGCAUCUGGAAGAGGCCUGGCUGGAGAAGGCUGAUCUACAGGUUUGUUUGGCAAGUAUAUGCCUUCUUAUUUUGACAUCCUGAGAAUCUCUGAUUUUCUUUUCAGUAGUUUAUGUUGAACCAUCAACUUACUUUGUAAGCAGCUUUGUAGAAUGUAGGUAACAUGAGCAUGUUGUCAUUUUUACCUUGAAGGUUUCAGCUAUCUCUCCAAGACCAGUUGUCACUCCUCUAUUUUAUUGCAUGCAUUACUAGAUUGUUUCUUGUAGAUAAUGUAAGUUGGAUAUCUGGGUCCUUGUGGACUAAUGGCUUCUCAGGUUUUCUCAGGAAUAGAGGUUAGCAAUCUGCAGCCUUCAAUAUGAUUUUGAAAGCCUUCUACAAUUGAACCCAUCUUUCUAUGCUUUCUGCAACUGAACCCAUUUUUCUGCCCAUUCUGGCAUGGGCAAUGUAUCCCUAACUUGGAAGUCAGUGCAGCAGAGGGGGAGGGAGAAAAGGGAUAGCCCUGCCUGUUGUUGGCAUGUACCAAGAGUUAUCUUGCUGUGGAAAAAAAAUGAUCCCCUCCCCUGCUCUAAAAGAAGCAUCAUUCUUGUCCUUUCUCUUUGUUCCCUGCCUCAAGUUUCCAGCAGGAAAAUAGUGCCCUGGUCAGAAUGAGCCUAUUUGCAGUAUUGAAAUCAUAAUCUUUUUAUUUAUAGCCUGCUUUUCUUCUGUCCUGGAGCUCAAGUUGUCAUCCACUGAUUUCUUAGCAGUCUCAUCUGGGUUCAGUCAAUGAGCCUAGCAGGACCAUUUUGUAAUUUGAACCUUUGCCCAGCAGGUGGAGCCAGAGCAAGGUCUGUCUGUCUGAAUGGGGGAGCGGGGGUGGGGGGGACUGCCACCACCUAUCGUGCCCCAUGCCUCCCAGAAGGAGUGCUGUUUUUCUGCUACAGGUAUGUGUUGUUAUGUUGCAUUCCUCUUUUUUCCCAAGAGAGGGGAGAGGCUCACUAGCUUUAUGAGGCCAGUUGUGGAUUUCUGAACACCUAAACUGCUGUGCAGUCAAGUUUUCUAGUUGGAUAUGUCAGGAUUAGGAAGAAAAGGAAACUUAAACAACCAGGAAGCCUUUGAAGUUUCAUUUUUAAUUAGCAUGCCUUCUUAAGUGUCACUAUUCUAGUGCUGCCAUUGCCUACUUCGUGAGCUCAGUGCUAACAAAUGGGAGAUCAUGAACCUGUCUGCCUCUGUCUAAAAAUUCUAGCCUUCCUACAGGUGUUUUGGGCUGCAGAACGCAUCGGCCCCAGCUAGCAUGACCAUGGAUGGUGAGAAUUGUAGUUCAGAACAUUUGGAGGACACCAGGCUGGGGAAGACUGAUCUGUCUAAUUUUUACCCCACUCUUUAGCUGAAGCAGCUUACUUAAAAUCAAUGAAAAAAACCAUUCCUUUUUCUGUAAUCCUCUCUGAUGUGGUACCAAAAGUUACCCAGCACUAUCUUCUGUUUUAAGCCUCUUGUGGAGCAUUUUUCAGCAAGGUGGUGGUGGUGGGGGGGUGUUAACCCAUAUCAUCCCUCUCCACCCUUUCAAAGAACCUUGCUGCCACUCGCCACUCCCUGCAAAUGGUGCUGAAUAAAUAAUUCACUGCUUGACAAGACUGCAUGAAUUAUGCAGCAUCAGGAACUGCUGCUCUCAACACCAAGGGCACCUCAAAAGCUGCUUGCCUUUGGCCACAGCAUGGCUUCUCUCCUUCCCUACAAAGCUGCAUGCCUUUUAUGCCUGUUACCCAUUAGCACUCAAAGCAUCUGCCCCUUUCUGUAUGGCUGAGAUAACCGCAGUGGCAGCUUUGAUUCAUCCUUGGAAAAAAGUUGAGGCCUGGUGCUACAGCACUGCAAGUAAAAGCCCCAGUGCCCUGCAGUGGAGGAGCCCAGAUCCUGCACAUUUGAUGGAGGCAGGCUCAGAGAUGCCAACUGAGAGUGGAAGGAGGGUGUAAAAACAGCUCAUCUUGCAGCGAUGGCUUUUGCUAUGAGCGUCUCUGUUCUCCUGGUUAGUGCAAAGGUAGCCUUGUCCUUGCAUUGAUCUUUGAAACCAUUUGGUUUGAGAUGUGUAGCCAUAGCUGGUAUUUUGACUCAGUUCUCCCUUGAAAUAUAAAGGCCAGAUUAUGCCUGCACAUAAUGUACACUUGUGGUGGGCAAGGGCGGACACUUCUCUGAUUGAGCACACCGUUAGUCCUUCAAAAAACGAUAAAAUUUCCUUGAGAAUUGACUACCGAUCCUCCCGUUGCCCCAUGUGCACGUCAUUCAUCUCGGUGUUAAGUGCUGGUGAUCUGCUGCAUAUUUGAGAUACUGUCAGCAGGUGGCACUAUUGGUUUAAUUCUGCUUAAAGGGCUAAGUUCUUUAAGAAGGCUGGAAGAAUUACUCAACAAAAAUUUGAAUUCUCCCGAGUUAGCUGUAUUAGCUAAUUUUGAAGAAAAAGAUGAUAACCUUGCACAUCUUCUAACUUUCAUAUAUGUUAGACUGCUAGAAUGAUGAUGAUGAUGAUGUCUUCACAGAAAAGAGAUCAACAUCCCUCGGCUUGUGGAGAAAUACUCUCGUUUGUUGCAUUAAUGGAAAAGCUAACAAAACAGAUCAAGUAGUAUAUAUUGAUAUUUUUUUACAGAAUUUGGGAGACAUUUAUUAACUAUGCUAAUAGCAAUAAAGAUGUUACUGCACCUCAGUCAAUUAAUCAGAUUUGCUGAAGAAACCUGUUACUGGGGAUAUUUUCCUCAGACUUUGUAUAUGUACACUUGAAAUCAGUCUGCUAAUGUAUUUUGAUUGGUGUCGCA